AUGGCUGAACCUGGCAGCCCAGGCUGGAAAUGGUUUCCCAACGUCAAGGCCAAUUGGUCACUUGAUGUCGUGACGCUUCUUGCGGUCAUUGGAGAAUCCUCUAUGGCUGAACAGACUCAGACUAUCACGGCAUCGUUGCUGUGUCUGCUACCUCGACUGAUCCCAGCCCCUCAGGCUCUGCUCAAGCCUUCACGUCCAAGUCGAAUGCCUGAGACACUGGCAAAGAUGACGGGUGUGUAUAGUGGAACCACACUCGACUCCGUGGGCUUCUUUGCCACGAUAAUUACUCCUUUGGAUGCCCUACAACCAUUCAGCUUCCGCGUGCUUGAGAUCACUCAUACGGACCCUUCUUUUGGCGACAUUGAUAUGAAUCCUCCUUCUGCCCAAGAAAGCUGGUCUACUCGAAGUCUGAAUUGGGUCAAAUCUCGUUGCUCAAGUUCUCACACCACAGAGAAACUGCCAAAUGAAAAAGAAUCCCAAAGCAACAGAAUCCCCCGAGCCCCUCAUGUAGAAGAGGGUGGGCUUCCUCUACCAAACACAGCACGAACAACAACAUUUCGUCCUCCCGGUGACUGUUAUCCAAGCAAUGCGGAUGCCCCCAAACCGCUCGCGCGCCGUCCUACCGCUAAGCAGAAAGUCCAAGACAUGCUUGCCAACCCGACAUUUGCCAACACGAAGAGACGUCCUGCGGUCCCAGCCAAGCUCUUCUCGCCUAUCCACAUUCUCUCAGUCUUUUCGUGCCUUCUAAGCAUAGCAAUCAUCACGUGUGCUGUGAUAUGGCAAGAUGGAAAUGCCAUCCUGGCUGUUUCCCUGAUAUCCUUUGCGUCGACUGUGGUGGGCUAUGCUUCAAUCUGGCAUCCUAUUCUCAUGAAUCGCAAACAUACCAAUGAGGUCCCUAGAGGCGAUGUCAUGAUAAGAACACGGGAAGGCGCGUUUCUACUCAUCAAGUGCACAGAAGAGGUUGCCCGAGAGUUGUACUCAGGGACCGAAGAGUGUCACUAUCAUGUUGGUGGCCGCACAUAUCGGCUUCUCAUGGCUCUUGGAACUACUCUUCUUAUGCUAAGCGUCGUGCUUCUCGGAAACUGCACAUGGAACUCUCAGAUCUUCAUUGGUGGGAGUUACAUCGUUCUCAACGGACUGUAUUGGGGCUUAGGCAUGAUCCCUCGAUCAUAUUUUUGGGAUCUCUCGCGAUACCAAUGGCAGGACGUAACCCCUGAAGAUGCGAAGAAUGCAAACGAGAUCACAGACGUGAAUGACCAACGAGAGGGCUACCCGAGUUUCACACGUACUUUGUGGUUCGCUAUCCGCGAGACUCAACUUACUGGCUGGGUUGGCCGCAGUGGAGCGGCUCCAGGUACGAAACAAUGGAAUAAGUGGCUCAAGGAAGCUCUACAGAAUGCCAAGGACGGCAACAGAUCAUGGGACUCAGUGGCCAGAAAGGAUGCUAUCAUGAAGGAGAACCUCAGUGCAGAUGAGAUUCCCGACGAAGCGGCGCAACAUGCGCCUGCGGUCGAAGUUCAGAAUUCUCCUGCGGAAAAGGACCGCACGACAUUUUAG